AUGAGAAAAGUUUAAGGUUAUUCUAUUGAGAAUGAUCCUAUAGGGAAAGGGUAGUUCGGAAAAGUCUUCAGAUGCUUUCAUAAGUCUAAACCUUAAAAGAAGUUUGCUGUCAAGGUUAUUCACAAGCCAUAACUUACUCCUCGACUUUUCCAUAAUCUAAAGAAUGAGAUUAAUAUCUUGACGAAGAUUUAAAGUCCAUACGUAAUUCAAUUGUAUGACUUAUAGAGAACUGAAAACAACUACUACCUUAUUAUGCAAUUAUGCAAUGGUGGUGAUCUAGAUAAUCUCAAGAAUCUUAGAGGAAGAUUUAAAGAGCAGGAAGCAAGAAUAAUUUUACAAUAAAUUGUUAUGGGCUUCAAGGAGAUUUACAAAAAGGAGGUGAUGCAUCGAGAUCUCAAAUUAGCAAAUAUUUUAGUUCAUUUCAAAGACCCUCAGGUUCAAGCCGCAGAGUAAAUUAGUAAUUUGUAAGAGAGAAAGGAAUAAGUUGAAUUAAUACUAAGAGACAUAGAUCUUAUUAAUACGAACUUCUAAAUAAAAAUUGCAGAUCUUGGUUUCGCACGAGAGUUAUCACAUGAAGAUGUCACUUAAACCACGUGUGGCACUCCUAUCGUGAUGGCUCCAGAAGUCCUUAACGGUAGGAAGUAUAAUCAUAAGGCUGACGUGUGGUCCUUAGGAAUCAUAUUCUUUGAAAUGAUCACAGGAUUUAUGCCAUUUACUGGUCAGAAUAAAGAGGAACUCAAGAAAAAUCUAGAAAAAGGAACCUAUAAAUUUCCUAAGAAACUAAGAAUGUCAAUACAAGGUUUGGAUUUUUUGAAUUGUUGUUUGCAAUUUGAUUCUAGCAAAAGAAUGUCGUGGUCUUAGCUUAUAGAUCAUCCCUAUAUCAAAUUUCAACAUAAUAGUCAAGAUAAUGAUGAGCUUAUUCAUCUCUCAUAUUGUGAGUACUAAGGUUAGUACAUUAAGAAAGAAAUUUUGAAAUAACAGAAUAAAUAGAAUGUUAUUGACUCCACAUAGUUAAUGAUGAAUAAUCCUUAUACAUAUCUUAAUGAGAAAAACGCUAUUCUUUUAAACGUCAAGGAUCCAUCGAAAUUUAAGCAGAUAUACGAAGAUACUCUAAAAAAGCAUUUAAGAAAGAAGAACUAUGAUAACAUAACUUCUGAUUAACCAAUAAUGAAAAUCAAUAAAAAAAACACAGACCUGCUUUCUCAAACAGAGGUUGCCAAAUAGCUAAAUGGAAUGAACAAGAAUAUGCCAGAUCCAGUGUUCAAUCAAGGAGAUGAUAGUGAUGAUGAUGACUCAGAAGAUUAUGACUCGGAAGAAGAGUAGAAAGAGCAUCAUUCCAAUGAAGACAAUCCUGAAGAUGAGCAUAGCUAAGGCUAUCAAUUUAAUGCAAACAGUUCUUAGAUGGAUUUUUUUGAUAUUGAGGCAAUAAAGCGCAAAGCAUAAUAAAUUGAAGAGUAAAAAUAACAGGAGAAAUUAGCAUUUGAGGCUUCUAAACAGUACAUACUUGAUGAGAGAAUAGAUCCUAGAUUUAUACCUUUUAAUACAUAAGCCAGCUAAAAUGAUUAGCCCAGAUAGAAACCUCAAGUAUAGUCCAAGCAACAAAAACGCUAGAGCGAUUAGGAUUUUGAAAUCGUAGAUUCUCGAAGAAUUUAAGAAAACGAAGCAAACAACAACUAAAAUUUUGAAAAUAUAAGAAUCAACUAGCAGAAUUAAAACAAUACAGGCAAAACUUAUUUUUAGUAGCCAUUCUUUUGA